CUCAAUAAAUAGCAUACGUCUCCGGAGAUGAGACAUCAUCAUCACUCACUUCUACCUCUCAGCAAAGUUUUACAAAACAAUGGAGAACCAAUCUAUGUCUUCUUCAAACUCCUCCUCCUCCCCACAAAAACCUGAUCAAAAACUCAAAAGUCCCGUUGUGACCGUGGAGGAGAAGGAGACAAGGAACAAUCCGGAACAAAGGUCUCCUCAUGAGGUUGUGGCUGAAAACACGAUCCUUGAGUUGCCUACUUUCAGACAAUUUUUCCGAACGAAAAAAAAUACCGUGCUAUAUCGUCCCAUGAAUAACAAGAUCCACAUCUGUGAUUUUUGCCACAAGGUGUUCCAAAAUGGUUAUGCCCUAGGCGGUCACGUGAAGUGCCACAAAAAGGAGCGAGAAUUGGAGAAGCAGGGGAAGCUUUCUGGUGGUACUUCUCUUGCUCCUUUCCCAAGCUUUCCAUUGCUCUCUUCCGGCCCGUUUAUGUAUGUCCAAGGCGGUAGCAGCUACAAGCGGAAGAUGACCGAUUCGAUGCCUUCUGGUGGUACUUCUCUUGCUCCUUUCCAAAGCUUUCCUUUCCUCUCUUCCGGUCCGUUUAUGUAUGGCCAAGGCGGUAGCAGCUCCACUGAUGAUAUCAAUCUUGAUCUCACUCUUGGUCCAUCGUCUAAGUCCACAGGAGGCAGCAACAAUAACACUAACCCAUCGUUCCAUGGGAAUCUGUUCACUCCCAUGCGUCCUUGUGUGUCUGGAUACAAUUUUGGUGCUGGAAACCCGGUUAAUCCAAACACUAGGUAUCUUCCUCCGUAUGGAAACAACAAUCUUUGUCCUGAUUUGUUUUCUUUACAGGGGAAUGGUUCGGGCUUUAGCCCCUCAAAAAGUCUCUUCUUAAUGGCACAGAACAAAUCCAUGGUGCCUCCUUUUGCUUCACCUUAUCCAACCACCAAUCUUUGUUAUGAUUUGUUUAAUGGUUGGGUUUCUAGCCACUCAAGUCUCAUCUCAAAGGGGGAAAACAGAUUCAUGGUGCAUCCUUUUGCUCCUCCUUAUGGAAACAACAAUGUUUGUCCUGAUUUGUUUUCUUUACAAGAGAAUGGAAUGGGCUCUAGUCACUCAAAAAGUCUCAUCUCAAUGGAAAAGAACAUAGCCAUGGUGCCUCCUUAUGUUCCUUCUACUGGAACCACCACCGAUCUUUUGCUUUCUUCACAAGUGAAUGGUUCGGGCUCUAGUAACUCAAAAAGUCUCAUCUCAAAGGGGGAAAAGGAAGUCGUGGUGAUUGAAGAUGAUGAUGAUGAUGAGGAGGAGGAGGAUAUCGUGACGAUGAGGUGGUUGGCCAAGAAAAAAAGAUCAAGACGCGAGUAGUAAUUUAUCUAUGUCCCUUUGAGUUUUCAGUUUUCUAUUGAGGCUUAUGUUCACCUCUCUUCUUCUUUUUUCAUGCAAUUGUUUUUCUCUUUUUGUUUCUUUGUUGUCUCUCAAAUGUUCUCUUUCCCUUUAGUUUAAUGUUUCGAUUAUUUCAUCAGUCUCUUUUCCUCAAUUCCUUUAUCUCAUGAUUGCUCUAAAUUUUCUGCAAUUUUCCAAAUUCAUGGUCCAGUUAUUCGUAAGCGAAUUUUAUUUUUCAAAGGUUAAAGAGAUUCUGCAUUUUGCUCAUAAUUAUUUGUUAAAGAGACAUUAAUUAUCUCUUCAUUGGUUGUGAACUUGUAAGAGACAGAAAUACAAUCAAGGGACACUU